UGAGGGCCACCGCUGUUACCACAGAGCGGUACAAACACGGCGUCCGUGAAAAAUCUUCCCCUGCAAGGAUAAAACAAUUUCUCAUACAGGAAGAUUUCCAAGCGAGACCAGUCGGAGGUUUGGUGCUUUGAAGCGGCAAAGAGAGAGAGAGAUAGAGAGAAGGAGAGAGAGUGAGAAAAUAAAUCUUCUGAAAUGUAGCUCGAAGCGUGAGAGUGCAGGUUGUAAUCGCUCGGUGGCUGUGUGGCUCUUCCAGUGAUGCCACGAAAAUCAGAACAGCCGGGUGACUGAGAGACCGCUGCUCCUCGCUAAAUCUCAGACACGACGGCGGCAGCGGCGGUGAGCGAUGGAUGCUGGUGGAAAGAUCCACAUUAGGUAGCGUUUACGAAGAUCCAGGGAGAGCCUUCUGUCUCUGUCGCACAGUGAAGUCGCCGCCGGAGCUGUGAAAAGGAUGGAUUUCAGCCUGCUCCGGAAUAUCAUCAGUAGAUACUGUGUGGGGGAGGAGAACUGGGUGGACAGUAGGACGGUGUAUAUCGGACAUAAAGAGCCCCCUCCGGGAGCUGAGGCCUACAUCCCUCAGCGUUAUCCCGACAACCGCAUCGUCUCCUCCAAGUACACCUUUUGGAACUUCAUUCCCAAGAACCUGUUCGAGCAGUUCAGAAGAAUAGCUAACUUCUACUUCUUGGUCAUAUUUUUGGUCCAGCUUAUCAUCGACACCCCCACCAGUCCAGUCACCAGCGGCCUGCCCCUCUUCUUUGUUAUCACUGUCACCGCCAUAAAACAGGGCUAUGAGGACUGGCUCAGACACAAAGCUGACUGCUCCAUAAACGAGUGUCCGGUGGACGUUGUGCAGCAGGGAAAGGUGGUGAGGACACAGAGUCACAAGCUGCGGGUGGGAGACAUCGUCAUGGUGAGGGAGGAUGAGACUUUCCCCUGUGACCUCAUCCUUCUCUCCUCCAGUCGCUAUGAUGGAACCUGCUAUGUCACCACCACCAGCCUGGAUGGCGAGUCUAGUCAUAAGACCUAUUACGCUGUACCAGAUACCAUGGCCUUUAGAACAGAGCAGGAGGUGGAUUCACUACAUGCCACUAUCGAAUGUGAACAGCCGCAGCCUGACCUCUACAAAUUUGUGGGACGCAUUAACAUUUACAAGGAUAAAGAGGAGCCUGUGGUUCGAACGCUUGGAGCUGAAAACUGUCUCCUUAGAGGAGCCACGCUAAAGAAUACGCAUCAUAUUUAUGCUGUCGCAGUCUACACUGGAAUGGAGACCAAGAUGGCGCUUAAUUACCAGUCUAAAUCUCAGAAGCGAUCUGCUGUUGAAAAGUCUAUGAACGCCUUUCUGAUCGUGUAUUUGUGCAUCCUGAUUAGUAAAGCAGUGAUCAACACAGUCCUGAAAUAUGCUUGGCAAUGGUCUCCUGACCGAGACGAACCCUGGUACAACCACAGGACCGAGAAUGAGCGCCAGCGCCAUGUGGUGAUCCGAGCCUUCACAGACUUUCUGGCCUUCAUGGUUUUGUUUAAUUACAUUAUCCCAGUAUCUAUGUAUGUAACAGUAGAGAUGCAGAAAUUCCUUGGCUCCUAUUUCAUCACUUGGGAUGAAGAGAUGUUUGACGAAGAGCUUGGACAGGGUGCUCAGGUGAACACCUCCGACCUGAAUGAAGAAUUGGGACAGGUGGAGUAUGUGUUUACUGAUAAGACUGGCACUCUGACUGAGAACAACAUGGAGUUUAUCGAAUGCUGCGUUGAUGGGAAUGUCUACAUUCCUCAUGUAAUCUGCAAUGGACAAAUCCUCAGCGCUGCCUCCAGUAUAGACAUGAUUGAUUCCUCACCGGGGGGAUACAGGAGAGAACAUGAGGAUCUGUUUUUCCGGGCGCUGUGUCUGUGUCACACAGUGCAGGUGAAGGAGGAGGAGACCGUAGAUGGUAUCAAGAGGGGCAUCCACCAAGGCAGGCCCACCUCUUUCUACAUCUCUUCCUCACCAGAUGAGGUGGCCUUGGUAGAAGGAAUGAAAAGGUUGGGCUACACUUAUCUAAGACUGAAGGAUAGCUACAUGGAGAUCCUCAACAAAGAUGAUGAGAUUGAAAGAUUUGAGCUGCUCCAUGUGCUGAACUUUGACUCUGUUAGGAGGAGAAUGAGUGUCAUCGUCAAGUCGAGCUCAGGAGAGUACCUGCUGUUCUGUAAAGGUGCAGACUCAUCCAUUUUCCCACGGGUGGUAUCUGGGAAGGUGGAGCAAGUCAAAGCCCGGGUGGAGCAGAAUGCUGUUGAGGGGCUGCGGACUCUGUGUGUCGCCUAUCGAAGGCUGUCAGAGUCUGAGUAUCAGGAAGCGUGCCAUCACCUGACUGAAGCCAAGCUGGCCCUGCAGGACAGGGAGCAGAGGCUGGCACAGGCCUAUGACAUCAUUGAGAGAGACUUUGUCCUUCUGGGUGCUACAGCAGUAGAGGACAGGCUCCAGGAGAAAGCUGCAGACACCAUCGAGUCACUGCACAAAGCCGGGAUAAAAGUUUGGGUCCUCACGGGGGACAAGAUGGAAACGGCGGCCGCUACAUGCUACGCCAGCAAGUUGUUCCGGCGCAGCACCCAGAUCCUGGAGCUGACCAAGAAACGUACCGAAGAGCAGAGCCUGCACGAUGUUCUGUUCGAACUAAACAGGACUGUUCUCAGACAACGCUCAAUUUCUGGAUUGUCAGUGGACUGCCUCGACUUUGGCUUGAUUAUCGACGGGGCCACUCUUUCUGCUGUAUUAAAGCCCAACCAGGAGGGUCCUGGCCAUGGCAACUACAGAGAGAUCUUUCUAGAAAUCUGUCGCAACUGCAGCGCUGUUCUCUGCUGUCGCAUGGCACCACUGCAGAAAGCACAGAUUGUAAAGCUAAUCAAAGCUUCUAAGGAACAUCCUAUAACCCUUGCUGUUGGUGAUGGAGCCAAUGAUGUCAGUAUGAUUUUGGAAGCACAUGUGGGCAUUGGUAUUAUGGGUAAAGAAGGCCGACAGGCAGCGAGAAACAGUGACUAUGCCAUCCCGAAGUUUAAACACCUGAAGAAGAUGCUACUUGUUCACGGCCACUACUACUACAUCCGAAUUGCUGAGCUUGUUCAGUACUUCUUCUACAAGAAUGUAUGCUUCAUCUUUCCUCAGUUCCUGUAUCAGUUCUUCUGCGGGUUCUCCCAACAGCCUCUGUAUGACACCGCGUAUUUGACGCUGUACAACAUCAGCUUUACCUCGCUCCCCAUCCUUCUAUACAGCCUGGUUGAGCAGCAUGUCACCAUGGAGACAUUAAAGAGGGAGCCUUCCUUGUACAGGGACAUUGCAAAGAACUCCCUCCUCCGCUGGCCUGUCUUCUUGUACUGGACGUGCCUGGGUGUGUUUGAUGCUGUCAUUUUCUUCUUUGGUGCCUACUUCCUCUUUGACAACACCACCUUCACCAGCAAUGGCCAGCUUAUGACCACCAACACACAGAUGAUGUUUGGAAAUUGGACAUUUGGGACUCUUGUCUUUACUGUGCUGGUGUUCACAGUCACACUCAAGCUUGCCUUGGACACACAUCACUGGACUUGGAUCAAUCACUUUGUCAUCUGGGGAUCGCUGCUUUUCUAUGUUAUUUUCUCACUCCUCUGGGGUGGCAUCAUUUGGCCCUUCCUGAACUACCAGAGGAUGUACUACGUGUUUAUGCAGAUGCUGUCCAGUGGUCCAGCUUGGCUCAGCAUCAUCCUCCUCAUCACAGUCAGCUUGCUGCCAGAUGUCAUCAAGAAGGUGCUCUGCAGGGCUGUUUGUCCCACAGCCACGGAACGUGCACAGGAUCAUGAGAAGCUUUUGCCAGGUGACGUGGCUGAGUUGACUCCGCUGUCCUUUCGUCGAUCCUACAAAGGCACAAGUACAGACUCCUCUCGUCUCCACCUUGGGGCUGUGGAAACGCUGUCCCUCCGCAGGUCUGGUCCCCUUCCCCAGAAACUGAUGGCGCACUUGGCUGAUGGGGCAGGAGCAGACUUGUGCUCCCUCAGCCCCUACAUGUUUCGUCUCUCAGGGGCAGGAUUUGCCUACUAUGCUCCGGGACCAGAGACCUCUGUGUGAAAACAAAUCCAGUCUCUGAAACUAAGAAUAUGUGCGUCUCAUGGGUUUAAAAUACACACACAAAAGAAACAAAACAACACAUCCCCAGUAUGUGUGAACAAGAUCUGCAUUGCAAAGACGGAAGAUUUAUAGAAGAAAGCAAACAUAUUCACACUCAGAAAGCAUGGGCACUCCAUGCUUAGUUCACCAUGUGCAUUUUCUAGGCUACACCUGAGUGGACAACCUUUUAGAGAGAUUGCUCUGAGUCCUCAUCCUCAUACAUUUAUGUGUGAGUGUAGCCCCUGUAUUAGUCUUGUCAAAGUUCCUGCUCAAACAUUUCGAAACUGUAUGAGAACUAAAGGGGAACCAUGUGUGUCCAUGUUAUUACACUGCAGAACUGUCUUGUUUAAGAAGUCAAUUUUGUACACCUUGUCCUCAUUCUUAGUCUUGCAUUCUCUUGCCUGUUCCUCCACGUCCAUGUCCUUUUUGCUUGUUUGUAAAUGUUUGUCAAAAAAAAAUCUACACUAUGUGGUCUAGCCAAGUAAGGGGGGUAGCCUUCAAGCUUAGCCCUUUAGGUAUGCGUGUGUGUGCAUGUGCGCAAGAGUACGCAUGAAUUUGCCUGUUUAUUGUAUGUUUGUAUGUGACACACUUUUGCCUUACAGGUACGCAGCAGCAGACUAGGAGCCAAAGGAGAUAGGUAUAUUUUUUAAAAAAGGAAAAUAAUACAGCAGAAUUGGUGUAUUUUAAAGCCUUACACUCACAUACUCAUCAGCUGAAGGGGGUAGAUGAGGAGAGACUCAUGGGGGAAGUGCAGUAUUUUUGCCACCCUGCCUUAAUUCAUAGACACUAUUUUCAGUAGGUCAGUUUAAACAUGCUGGUGAGAGUACAAGGAGGUUCAGAGGGCAUAUAUGUCUGGUACAGUGUGUCAAUUGUCCCCCUUCUACUCUUUUACCCUUGCUUUGGUGUCAAGCUUUGUUUCUCUUAUCUGUCAGUGUAGCAUGUUGGAUCUCUCUCUGCAUGCUGAUCUAUUCUUCUUUAUCCUUUUGUUUUUUUGUUUUUUUUUUGUCCCUGUCAUGAUUCAUCAUGAAACAUAUCAAGGCACUUUUCUUUAAUAUUGAAAAGUGUGCAUAGUGUGCCCUGUACUGCCACCUUGUGGCCAAGUAGGGUAACAGCCUGGGACUGAUGAUUUAUGGAUGUCUUUAAUGACUUGCUAUCCCUCACUGUUGCAAUGUGCUUGUGUAUUUGCUGCCAUGUUACGUGUUAUGCAAACAUUAAUGCCAGAAUGCUAAUAUCAUGUAAUCCUUGUUAUAAGGGGUUGUCUCUGUGUUGCAUUAACUCACGGGGUUUUCCCAUAUUCUGAAAUUAUUGAUGUCAGUCACUAUUUUAUGUAUGGGUUUAACUUAAAAGGUUUUUGUUUGUUUGUUUGUUUGUUUGUUUUUGUUUUUUUGCUUAAUAUUGUAGUUAGAGGGGUGUUAUAGAUCUUUAGAUACGACUUGUGGUAAGUAGGAAGGAGACUUGAAUUGGCGACGUCACAAUCAAAUCAAUGAGAAUGUUGAACUGACUUGUCCAUCAUGUCCUCCAGCUGAAGAUUGUAGCUCAUCAUGGAUGAACCUUUCUUCUGUACUUCUAACAGCAUUUCUGAAGUCCUUGUUUUGUUUUUUUCCAAAGCAUAUCUGUCUGGUUACAUAGCAAGUGACUGACUCUGGAAGUCUUGAAUGUGAGAUUCUGAAGCAUUUUUGUAUCUUUAUACAGUUUAUUUUCAUACACAUCACCAUCUGCCAACUUGUAUAGAUUUAAUAACAGGCAUUCAAUAUUUUUCUACAGUGGCACAGGUAAUUUAUUUGUUUUGAAAGGAGGUCUAGAUUUGUCCCUUUCAGUAUUUCACUCAAAGCCUCCACAAGUGUUGAGACAUGGGGCCGCAACAUCCUGACCUCAGUUGUUUUAAAGAAGAGUUCUCGGUGCUUGUAUAGCAUAGUCCCACCUCACUGUGCUGUCGCCAUAUUGUGUCCAGACAUAUUUUACUUGUUCUACAACAAUAAUGGUGUCAAAUCAGUUUCUGUGAUUUGAUGGAUUUUUCUUUAUGGUUUUUCUUUAAACACAUUUUUGUAAUAUCCAAGUCCUCAGAUUUUCACCUUUUAUUUAUUUAUUUUUAUUUUUUAUUUUUUUGUCAUUUUUCUGUUUUCCAUUGUGAAUAUUUCUUUUGCUACUUUUUGUAUCUCAGAGAGAAGAUUAUAUUUUAACUCUGUUAGAAUAUCUGUUCAAGUUUGUAACCAAAAUGAGAGCAAAAUAUAAAUUAUACGAUUCGUUAGAUCUAUCUAUAGUUCUUCACACUGCACUUUGUUUUACAACAGAUCGGUUUUACCCUAAAAACAAGUUCUAUUGUCUAGCAACUGGAGUUUAUAGUUAACUGUUCCUCACAUGUUAUUUUUCUACAAAGAUUGUAGUGGGUGACAAUUAAAACAAAAAAAGAAGAAGUGACCAAAUAACUUAACAAGGAAUGAACUGUGUGUAGGUGUCAGCCUCUGUCUCAAUGGGUUUAUCACACCAGCCUUCUAUUGCUGAUCAGAAUGUCAAACAGCUUUUUCUAAGUCCAUCAGCACAACAGCAGGUGCUCAUCCUGUCACUUCUGAGCUUGGCAAAGGUCUGAGAUGUUGACUGCUGUGCUCUGAGAAGCACUCUUCAUAUCAUACCUUUAGUAUGGCACUGUUUGUAUUACUAAACAGAAUUUGAGAACUUACUUUUUUUCUUUUUGGAUAAAGAUUUUAAAAGUUCACAUGUUGACUUUUUGCCAGCCUGUCUGUAGCAAAUGAGGGCAAAGCACUGUACUGUCAUUCUGCUUGUAAUAAAGAGAGUGAAAACA